GUUUCAGCUUCUCUUGGGCGAUUUGUACUUGCUUACAUAUACAUACAUAAAAGACAGAAGGAGCCCUCGGAAUUCAGAUCAGAUUCAGACUAAACUUCGCUUGUAAAAAUGUUCAAACUUCUCGUUCUUGCAACGCUGUUUGUAUUGGCAGCAAGUAUAUCAGUUCAAAAUUUGGUACGCGAUAUGGACAACAACAUUUUGGACCUGAAGAGUGGACAACCUGGAGAAGUAAUGGAGAUGGUCAGACACAGUCCACAGGAAAUGCAGAACAGAUAUUCGGAAUUAGUUGAUAAUAUUUUUAUGAGCGUUAUCAGUAAUAUUGUGGGUGGCAACGAAAAAAAGCACAUCUAUCCGCUCUAA